UUCAACACCAUUACUCCUAUUCAUCCUCGCUAUUAUUACUCUUAUAAAUUCGCUCAUCAACUUUAAAAAAACACGCACUUUCUACAUGUCUUUUUUAUUUAGCAUUGCUGCCUUUGGCAGAAGGCUGGCCACCAAGGCACUUUUGACGCUACUUGCUCUGCUCGUGUUAUCUCGGCUAACACUUGGCCAAGACAGAACAAGGCUCAAAUGCCACAGCCUGCCGCAUACCGCCGGUAUAGUGCUCCGGGCAUACGACAACGCAGACAUAAUCGACAUAGACUGCGAGACAACAACCAAUAGCCGCGUCGGCAAUACCACGGUAUGGCACCGCACAGUGGACGGCUGCUACGUCAGCAAUUUCUACUUUUACGUGCCCAAAGACGACCGCAUCCCGCAGUGCACUCUGCUGGACAGCAAGUCGUCCUGCGAGCUGCCUAAUCUCGAGUCCCUGAAGAUCAUCCAAAAGUACGAGCAGAAGGUUGUGACUCCGCGCAACGACGCCAAUGGAAAGACGGUUUUGGGGUUCGGCCACCGGUGCGCGUCGCCUGGCUGCGGCGAACUGUCGCUAAAGUUUCCGAUUGGCCAGAGGAAGGCACAGGCGGUGUUGCUGCUGGAUAUGAGCUUGGCCACAAGCUGUCUUAAGAACGCGAUCAACGAGAGAAUCGUUCUGGGCGACAACCAGUGGGGCGCGCUGGCUUCGUGGGUCUACGACAUUGGGUGCCCAGCGGCUGCCAAGUCGAAGCUAAUUACAAGGCUGAACGCCGGCGAGGAGCCCAACGACGUGGCUGCCGAGGAGCUGCCGCUGUGGAAUACUGGGCGGGUGAGCGCUGCGCCCAAGUAUGCUGAGAGGCGCGCUGCCGAGGUCAAGCUGUUUCUGGCCGAGUCGAUCAAGGUGGCGCACCCGCGAUGCACGUCGUUUCUGAGAUUGAAAGAGUAAUGAUAGAUUACAAGGAAUAAUGGCAAAAUCUGGAUCGCAGAUUGCAUCAUUGUCGUGGUCAUCCCAUCAUUCAUUCUAUCGGCCUUCCUUUUCAUUAUCUCUCCCCCUUUUUUAUCCGCCCUCCGCCCUGACCCCU